GGGGGCGCGCGCGCGGGCUCGCUCCCCAGGGGGCAGUUGGCGGCGGGAGCGGGCGGCGGGAGCGGGCGGCGGGGUCGUGGUUCCUAGAGCAGCCUGGGCUGCUAGGCCGGCGCCUCCGUUGGCGGAUACUCAUACGAAGGACCGGGCGGCUCAGCCGCCGGAGAGGCAGGGCCCGCUGCGGUCGGACUGAAGCUCUGAGCUCCCACAUUCUGGCCUAGGAGGAGGAAGAGGAAAAGAGACCCAUCUGCCAGCGGGCUGAAGGUGGCCUUGAGGGCCAUGCUCUCGGUCUCAGGAUGCCCCUGCCUGAGCCCAGUGAGCAGGAAUGUGAGAGCGUGCGAGCUGGCCAGGAGCCCCAAGAGUCCUCCAAUCUGGUCCCAGCCAGGGAUAAAGAGAAACCCAAGCCGACAGAUGUCAUAUCCCAGGAGACGUCUGGCACUGCCACCUUACCCAACAAUACCCUCCAGGUCGAGCCAGUCAAGAAGCAGGGACGGAUAAUUCACCGGAAACGUAGUAGGGUAGAUGCAGUUGCCCCCCAGCCCCUGGAGUUCCGGAAGACCCGAUUUGGGAGCCGCCUUCUGGUGCACAAGUCAUUCCUGUAUAAGCAAGAGAAGGCUGUAGGGGACAAGGUGUACUGGAAAUGCCGCCAGCACUCAGAGCUAGGCUGCCGGGGACGGGCCAUCACCCGUGGCUUUCGAGUCACAGAGAUGCGGGACCACUGUCACCCACCUGAGAAGGAGGGCCUGGAAAGGAAAAGGCGCAAGAAGAAAAAGGUGCCCAGCUCAGACCUGCCUGAAGGUACCGAAGGCCAAGAAGAUGGGGUGAGCCUAUGGCUGUACCCUGUGGAGCCAGAGCCCACCCCUCAGCCCAUCACUGAAACCCCAGAAGAGGAAGAACAGGGGUACCGAUCCCUGGCACUGCAGAGCCUGCCUCCCAAGAAGCGCCCCACACCAGGAGUGGUACGGUAUCGGCCUCUUGAGUUCCUGAAGACAUGCUAUGGGGGUACCUUCCUGGUGCACCAGUCCUUCCUCUACAAGCGGGAGAAGACGGUAGGAAGCAAGGUGUACUGGACCUGCCGGGAGCAUGCCGUCCACGGCUGCCGUAGCCGAGCCAUCACUCAGGGCCAGCGCGUGACGGUGAUGCGCAGCCAUUGCCACUCACCUGACAUGGAAGGCUUGCAGGCCCGGCGGCAGCAGGAGAAGACCAUAAAGAAGAUACAGGCACGGCGAAUUGGGGCUGGGGACUUGGAGGAUUGCGAUGACAUCGAGGAAUCACUGCUGCAGGGGGUGGACAGCCUGUUCUACCGCAGAGGGCCGAGCACACUGACUCUCAGCAGGUCCAAGUCCAAGUCCAAGUCCAAGUCCAAGUCCAAGUCCAGGUCCAGGUCCAGGUCCAGGAAACGAGCAAAGAAGCAGCAGGAAUCCUUGCCGGAAUCCCCCGAGGAGGACCAGGAUGUGGAACCUGGAGGCCCAGAGUUCAUAAAGACCCCUCUGGGGGGCAACUUCCUGGUGUAUGAGUCCUUCCUCUACAGACGGGAGAAAGUAGCUGGUGAAAAGGUGUACUGGACUUGCCGGGACCAGGCACGCAUGAGCUGCCGCAGCCGUGCCAUUACCCAGGGCAGGCAGGUGACUGUGAUGCGGGGCCACUGUCAUCCACCUGACCUGUUAGGAUUGGAGACUCUGAGGCAGCGGGAGAAACGCCCAGGCCCUGCUCAGUGGGAUGGCCCAGAAGGGCCAGAGUUCCUAAAGACCCCUCUAGGGGGCAGCUUCCUGGUGUAUGAGUCCUUCCUCUACAGGCGGGAGAAAGCGACCGGUGAUAAGAUAUACUGGACUUGCCGGGACCAGACACGCAUGGGCUGCCGCAGCCGCGCCAUCACACAGGGCCAGCGGGUGAUAAUCAUGCGCAGACACUGCCACCCACCGGACAUGGGUGGCCUGGAAGCUCUUCGGCAGAGAGAGAACUUCCCUAACCUGACCCACUGGGAGGGCCCAGAGCCGCAGGAGCCACUGGAGUUCCUGCAGACACCCCUUGGAGGCCGCUUCCUGGUGUAUGAGUCCUUCUUGUACAGGAAAGAGAAGUCCGCCGGUGAGAAGGUGUACUGGAUGUGUCGAGAUCAGGCUCGGCUGGGCUGCCGCAGCCGCGCCAUCACCCAGGGCCGGCGGGUCAUGGUGAUGCGGAACCACUGCCAUCCACCCGACCUGGCUGGCCUUGAGGCCCUGCGGCAGCGGGAGAAGGCCCCGCAGGAGCAGGAGAAGGCCCCGCAGCAGCGGGAGAAGUCCCCACGGCAGCAGGAGAAGGCCCUGCAGCAGCGGGAGAAGUCCCCACGGCAGCAGAAGAAGUCCCCACGGCAGCGGGAGAAGUCCCCACGGCAACGGGAGAAGGCCCCCAGUGCAGCUAAGAAGAAAAAGAAAAAGAAGAAAGGAAAAUCAAAGAGCUAAAACCGAGCAGCCAGUCUUGCUGAAGUGAGUCUUCUCUGGAGCAGCAGAGGAGCAGCUGGCGCCCCAAAUGCUUUCCGUCCACGCAGGCAUUUCCCGUCAUUCAGAUGCGCUUGAUGACAGCUCUUUUCACUCUUCCAAAGCACCUAGGACCGGAACAUUUCCUCAGAGGUCUCCCAGGAGGAGCGCUUGGACUUUUGGUAGUCACCGAGCCAGAUAGGUAGCCUGCAGGCCUGUCCCAUGCUGCUCUCACCGUUAUGACCUUAGACGGCUGUGGAGAAGUGUGUCUGGACUGACAGACCUCUGCCCUGCUCUGCUGUCCAGGCCUCAGCACCAUCUGCUUUCGGAGCAUGCUGCCUUGCAGGGAGCUUUCCAGUGGAGUGUGACCCUGUGUGAGCCCCAUGAAGUUCAGCCAAAUGAAGUCAUCCUAAGCCAGGAUAUGUAUGGGAACUUCCUGCCACCCUCUGAAGACAGUGCAAGUCACAGCAGGGUUUUGUUUUGUUGCAUCUUUUAGGGACAGGGGUGAGGUCUUUAGUCACUUGCUGCUUGCUAAGGCACAUCCAGCCCUGACCAUGGCAGACAAGCUAAAGGCUUCGCUGUACCUUCCUGGCAGACUUUGCACCCUGCAUUCUUUCCCAACUUAAACCUCUGUCCACAGUUCUCGGGAGCCAGCCCAGAGGUCAGGAGGAGGUGACACCAGGUAGACAUGCUCUAGUGGCAGUGGCACCACUGAGAAUUGCCCACCCUGGUGUCACAUGAUGCCCAAGGUCAGUUAGAUGGCGUCAAAGCCCGCCUCCUGUAGAAAAGCUUAGCAGAACUAAGGACCCACGCCAGCAGUGACACUCUAAUGUCCCCGGGAACUGCAGAAUUUCCUGCGUGCUGCACCGUAUCAUAGAGCUGCAUGCUCCUCUCCCUUAGCAAGCAAGCCAUGGAGAGCCACCCCAGUGGGAUGGUAAUGGCCUGGUGCCUACCACUGGCUUCCGCUCAUCUGCUUCCCUCAAUAAACCCUAUGUAGUCUCAUGGUA